ACCACCACCAUCACCACUGUACUAAUUAUUACGUCGUUUUGCUUACGUCGUUAAAUCUAUUUGUAUGCGUAUGUGUGAAUGCAUAUGCAGAGAGAAAAUAUUUACAAAAAAAAAAAAAAGAAAAUCUUAAGCAAAAGUAUACACAUUUAAAGAAAGAACAAGAAAAAUAUAGUAUAUUAUUAAAGAGAAAUAAACAAAAAUCGAAAGAUUCUGUGUUUGCUUAUAUUGGAAGGAAAACUAUUUUAACCGAACUUAAGGUAAAGAAAGCAAACCGAAAACAAAAAAACUAUCAAAAUAAUGCAUUCAUAGCCGCAUUUCAUAUAUGAAACGGACCUGUUAAGCUCAACUAUCUGAAACAAAAGAAAAAGAAAAAAAAAAAAGAGGAGAAAAAUCGUCGUGCUGGAGCUGCAGAAUAUUAGAGCGCGCCUGAGGGUUUUUAAACCUUCCACAGGUGUUUAUUAAGUGUUUUUUUUUUUUUUGCGUUAUGUGUUGAAUGUUUACAAAUCAUAAUAAUCGCUUAACCGUGUUCCGCUCUUCUAUGUGUGUAAUUUUUGUUUAAUUCAUUCAAUCAACUUUUUCCUUUUCGCUGUUUAUACUUAAGUGCUUUAGUUGUGUGUUUAGUUUGUUUUUUUUUACUUUCUUUUUUUUUUUGUUUCUUAUUUCUAACUUACUUGUGAGGAAAGUUUGCAUUUUGAAACUUAACAAUGCGUAAUCGUUUGGCCUCCUUGAUUGUGGUCAAACAAGAACCAUCAUCCAAUCCUUUGAAUUCAACAUUGUCUGUUGUGAAUUCUUUACCAACAUUACCCGAUACAACAACGACAUCAACGGCAAUUAUACCCGAAAUCAAUAACAAUCAAGUGUUACAUACACAAAAUCCUCAUAUCACUUCCACAUCAGCCAGUAUAACGAUAAAAUCGGAAAAUUCUUUAUGUGAAAUCAAUAAUAAUCACUUAAGUUCUCUCUCAUGCGAUAACUACUUUGACACAAGUAAUACUAAUAGCAAUAAUUUGCCACAAAAGCCGUCGGCUACUUUAAUUUAUCCAUGCCGUAAUUUAUUUCCGGACGGUUGUGAUAUAUCUCACAAUCAUAAUUGCUCGACUUUCGUACAUCACAAUAGCAAUCAUAAUCAUCAUCAUCAUCAUCAUCAUUAUUAUGCGUUUGGAAAUUUACCACAAAAAUCACAAUUUGAUACACUCUGUCAUACGAACGGUCAGAAGUUUUUAUUCAAAUCGGAACAUUUAAUACCGAAUAACAUUAACUAUCAAUCUCAGCAGCAUACGGUAUCGGCAAGCGGAACCAACGAGACUUCUUGGUCUCUGACAAAUUUAAACAAUCGCCGAUUGUACAAUAAUAAUCAUUGUGGUUCGACCACAAUACAGGAUAAUUAUCCAAACAGUGCAGCAAAAUCAUUUAACACUAACGCUAAUUUACAAGAAGAACGUGCAACAGCGGCAGCCAAUACAACACCCACUGCUACAACAAUAGCAAUAACAGCAACAGCAACAACAAGAACAAUAUCAGCGACAACAGCAUUAACUACAGCAACAGCAUUAACAAACGCAACACCACCGAAAAUAACAGCAAAUAAUCCAAACAAUAGAAAUACAACGACCAGUUUCAAAGUAAAGAGCGAAAAGACCAGUGAGACACAGGCGUCAGCUAUUGAAACACAAACAAAUAGACCAACGAGCAACAGCAACAGCAACAACAGCAACAAUCACAGGAAUCAAACUAACAAUAAUAAUUCACAGAAGUCACGGCUUACAAAUAUUACAACAAGCAUGUUACUAUUGCAACCAAACAGCUCUUUCGGUUCUCUUUCUCCAUUUGAUAAUUUCUCUACGCAAACUUCUUCACAAAUUUCUACGCAUCAACAUCAUCAAUUAUCGCAAAGCGGGAAUACACAGCCGUCAACGCAAAUUCAUAACGAUAGCAGUGACCAUCAUAUGUUAAGUUCUACCGAAGAUCAUCUCAUAGGAAAUUUAACGGACACUACAACUACAGAGCAUAACGAAUUAAUUGAUCAUACAUUCAAUCAAUUAUCAGAUUUAUUCUUUCCUGCUGAUUCCAAUCAUUCAUUAUUAUCGACCAGCUUAGAUCCACAUACAGGAGAUCAGCAAACCAGCCAUCAACAGAGUGUUACCCAUCUCCAAGAUUUACAUUCUUCAUGCGAAACUUUAGUUGGGAGCAGUGAAGACAUCACCAGCUCUCUCGAGAAUCUUACAAAAUUAACUUGCCUGCGCGAUAAGAGACUGUCGUCCAUACCGGAACAGCAGACAAUUAUUGGUACUUCAAAUUCCGAGCAAGAUAAUUCUUUAUGUUUUGAUCGUUCAACGCCGCAAGAAUUAGGUUUACUUAGUUUAAGAUCCAGUAGUGAUCCGGCCAUAGCUUUGCAUGCCGUCCAAGAGAGGCAAAGUGUAACAAAUCCGUCGCAGGCAAACACAACGCUAGGAUCGGCUCGUUUGGCUUUGGCUAGUGAUACUCUAAUUUCUCCUUUAAGUGGUCCUCUCUCUUUGCCUAGCUUUCAAGAAACUUAUUCAUUGAAAUACGGAACUUCCUCAGCGUCAAGCACGAUCUCAACCGGUUUAAGUCUGAAAAUGGAUGAAGAUUGUUAUCCACUAACAGUAACACCGUCAAAUGAAGGCAUAGGAGGGCCGGCUCUUAAUCAGCAACAUAAUCAUCUUCAGCAUCAUCAUCAGCAUCACAACCAUCACCACCAUCAUCAACAACAACAUCAAAUGCAGCAACCGUUGCAAACCCAUCCGAAUAACGCAGUAGUCCCCAAUUAUAAUUAUCAUGGCCACUUUAACGCCACGCCUACCACAACAACACCAGUACCGGCAACAACAUCAUCAAAUUCAUCGGCAUCUUCAUAUGAUUUCAAUAGCAGUGUUGGCCCGUCUGCCGCAGAUAUAACACCAAAUUUUCAAAGCAACAACAGCGAUAGUUUUUAUCAACAAUAUCCGUUAUCUCAACAACAACAACAACAAAAUCAACAGCAACUGCAGCAAUUGCAAAAUACGUACGGCACAUCAUCGACAACAGCCGAGCGUUAUUCAUUACCCACGUAUUCCGCCAUGACCGAAUUAGAAAAUACCUCCGUUGCUUCCGUUUCAGUUCUCACUCCGCUGCGACGAGCUUCCAUGCCCGUUCAACGUUCAGAUUCACCCGCAGUUAAUCAUAGCCCCAAACUUCCGAAAUUAAUUAUUGGCUCAAACGUUCCUAAUUCCAGCUCACACCUUAAACAUCCACAUCAUCAUUCACAUGGUCAGAUAUCCAGUGCUCCCAGUUCUGCCUCCAGUUCGCCCAGUGUUCGUCAGCAACAAACAGCCACUCCUAGCUUACACCACAUAAGUGCGCACAGCGCCAGUGACUUACUUAAUGGGCGCGUAGUACAAACUCCUACCUCGCAGCUGUGCGCAGUCUGCGGGGAUACGGCCGCUUGUCAGCAUUAUGGCGUACGCACUUGUGAGGGCUGUAAGGGCUUUUUUAAACGCACCGUCCAAAAAGGUUCGAAAUAUGUAUGCCUAGCCGAUAAAAACUGUCCCGUCGACAAAAGGCGUCGUAACCGUUGUCAGUUUUGCCGCUUUCAAAAAUGUUUGGCCGUAGGCAUGGUCAAAGAAGUAGUACGCACUGAUUCCCUCAAAGGGCGACGUGGUCGCUUACCUUCAAAACCCAAAUCACCUCAAGAAUCACCGCCAUCUCCACCGGUAUCUUUGAUUACGGCACUUGUGCGCAGCCACGUCGAUACCACACCCGAUCCUUCUUGCCUGGAUUACUCACAAUAUCGCGAACCCAUUCAAGAAGGUAUGCCCCUAUUAAUGAGUGAAGCUGAAAAAGUCCAGCAAUUUUUCAACCUUCUGACCACCUCGGUUGAGGUUAUCAAACAAUUUGCCGAGAAAAUACCCGGCUAUUCGGAACUAACACCCGAAGACCAAGAGUUGCUAUUUCAGUCGGCUUCAUUGGAAUUAUUUGUACUCCGGCUAUCUUAUCGUGCCCGUGUCGAUGACACCAAAAUGACAUUUUGCAAUGGUGUAGUGCUGCACAGAAGCCAGUGCCAACGUUCAUUUGGUGAAUGGCUGAAUGGCAUACUGGAGUUUAGCAAAAGUCUACAUAAUCUAGAAAUUGACAUAUCGGCCUUUGCUUGCUUAUGCGCACUUACCCUGGUAACAGAACGUCAUGGUCUACGUGAACCGAAAAAAGUAGAACAAUUGCAAAUGAAAAUCAUUGGCAGUUUGCGUGAUCAUGUUACCUAUAAUGCUGAGGCCCAGAAGAAACCUCACUAUUUCAGCCGACUUUUGGGCAAACUACCGGAACUGCGGUCAUUAAGUGUCCAAGGUCUACAAAGGAUAUUUUAUUUAAAACUUGAGGACCUAGUGCCGGCACCGGCUUUAAUUGAGAAUAUGUUUGUGGCCAGUUUACCGUUUUAAACUUUCCCGCACGAACCCUACGGAGACACUAGCUAACUGUUCAAGUAAUUGUAACUAUUGUAAUAAUGUUCUCUUCCUUCUCUUCUUGAAUUUAUUAUUCUACACAAUGUUUUUAUAUCUCAGUGUAUAAAUGCAUGUCUCUAUCCCUUUCUCUCUUUCUCUAUGUCUAUUUCUAUAUAUAUAUAUA